CACCUCCCUCCUCAGCCAGUCGUUGGACACCAGGCUCUUGGCCAAUGCCUGGCACCAGCCAACCAGCAGCAGCCGGCCAAGGCCACCAAUGUCGCGCGCGGUCGUCGCCUUUAGCAGCAGAAGCGUGCACCCUGCCCUGCUCGGCUCCCUCCCCCAGCGUGCAGAAGCCCCCUGGCAGCCGCUCCCCUCAACAACUCCCUCAACGCCAGCCUCCUCUGCCCCAGGUCCGGCACCCCUCCCCAACCAAGCUCCUCCCAUGGCGCCACACCUCCAGCCGGUCUCCUUCUCUCCCCCAUCCGACCUUGAUCCAUGGCGCUCUUUUCCCUGGAUGCCCGGGCACGCCCCCACCUUCCCUGGCCACGCCCAAGGUCGAUGGCCAGCCUCCCCUUCCCUGCUCCUGCCAUGCAAGCCGAGCGCCCUCCCCUAUUUCCUUCUCCCGGCGGCGAGUUUCUCCACUCCGGCGCCCUCCAGCAGGCGAGCAACAGCGCCAUAGAGAAUCCCCGCGCUCCCUGCGUCGGUCUCUAGCCGGCUCCCCCUACGAGCUCCCUCAGAUCCAGGCCGGUCACCAAGCUCCCUUCCUCCGUGCCGGCCAACGUCUCCCGCAAGACGUCGAAGAGCUUUCCCACCUCCAACGCCAGGAUCGCGCACGAGCACAAGCCCAGGGCCCCCGCGAUUCUCUAGCUCGCCAGCGCGCUUUCCUCUUCCCCAUGACACCUUCCUCGUGCUCGCCCCCUUCCCUGAUCUCCGGCUCCCUGCAACCGCAACGCCUAGGCUGGGGUUCCCUGUCGAUCACCAUGCCGCUCCCCAUUGCUAGUUGUGGUCACUGCUCUGCUCGUGUAUGCCUCGAUCCCGGCGCGUUCUAGUCGCUCCGCCACAACCAGUUUCACGCUAUCUAAUGGACGUGAGUCAAAGCUCUCGCUGCGCCAUUGCCGUCCUCCAUCUGUGUGCAGCCCCUAUGUGCACCGCCUACCCGACUAAUGGUCGACCAGCACACAAUCUCUUACCAUUUUCCCUCGCCGACAGUGCUCCCUCAUCUUACCAUGCCUCGCUGCACACCACCACCACUAAAGCUCGCAGCCGAGUUCCUCCAUCUCCGGCGCCGGCCCACUACAGCAGAGGGCCUCCCAUGGCGUUUGUUUCCCCAACGCUCACCCCGUCAACAACCAUCGACCUCGCACAGCAGCCGCGACGCCAGUUCACGCAGCCACGUGGAUUCCCUCCUCUUCGCGCCCUCGGUAUGCUCGACGUAUUGCAGCGGCAGUCCCGACGCUAUGCCGUGACCCUUGGUGAGGCUCUUUGCUGUCCUAGCCGCUGGAUCGAGCCUUGUUCCAGCUCGGCGAGAGCAGCCGCGCCGACGAUCUACACAGCCCCAUCCUCGACGCCAAAAUUCUUCGCCCCUUGUCGUCGUCGCGCUUCGCGCGUCGUUUCUCGACAGAAAGCCAAACCAGCAUGCAGGCAUGCGCUACACGAGUCGGCCAGAAACCUUCGGACUCGGAAUAAAGUUGUACACAAUAUGAAAAGCAUGGACAGGACAAAGGUUGAACCAGUUCCGAAGCUACGCGCAAGGAAGCUUCGGCUCAACGGCAGAGAAAGGAACCAACUUAAAGGGGAAAAGGCUAUUUAGUCCUCGCUGGAUUAUCUUUAAGUCAAUAGUAAACAUAAAGGGAAUGAAUGUAAUUUUACACAGGCUGUGCCCUGUGCCUAUAAAUAGAUGAACAGUACCCCCGUACUGUUCACGCUAACUUGUACUUCCUCGUGCGUCACGCUUGUACUUUCACCUUCUGUCAGGUCGAAGGUACAAAUGUAAUCCUAUGUUGUUCUUAUUCAUUCAUGAUUAUAUAGUAAAAGAUAUAUUAUAAUGUCAUACGAUUAUCCA